GGUCACUAGCAGUGUUUACGUUUUGCAAAUAGCGAAGUUACUGUUCUGAUUGAGCUGUAGGUAGCUCGUGUUAGAUGCAUCGGAAUCAUUUGUAUUCCAUAGUUACUAUUUUGUUUAUAUCAUCUUUAUUAACUUGAUAAACAUAUCGUUGUGAAAUGGAGAUUUUUAGUUCUUGGUGGGGAACUAAAAUACCUAAAAAAGAUGUAGGCCUAGACAAAGACAGUGUCACCAGUGAAAAUGACGGGAGUGCUGAUGAUGCAACUGUAUCGUCAUCAACAGCUGAGCAGCAGGCAAGCAAUGACCAAAAACAAAACGAGGAGCCUAAACAGGAGAACGAUUCUGUUGAAGUAGAUGAUACUCAACAACAACCUACUGAAGACCCUUCAGAUGCUUUAAAAUCAGCCCAAAAUUGGGGAAGUUAUUUAUUUAAUGUUGCAAAGGAAGGAACAAAAGUGAUGACAAGUACUGCAACUAAAACUGCAAGUUUAUUGCAGAAAACUGUUGAAGAUAAGACAUUUAUGGGCGAUUUCAACAAAGAACAAGAGAAGUUUAUGAAGGAGAAACACAGUAAGCGAUCUGAGGCAGCAGUUGCACCAUGGGUUGGCUACAAUGAAGAGGAACAAAUGAAGGAGCAUAUUCUAGCUUUAUCCAAGGACAAGAGGAAUUUUAUGAGGAAUCCUCCAUCUGGAGUACAGUUUCACUUUGAUUUUGACAGUUCUUUUCCUGUUGCUAUGGCAAUGCUACAAGAAGAUCCUAAUUUGAGCAAAAUGAGAUUUGAAUUAGUUCCUAAAAGUGUUACCGAGGAAAAUUUCUGGAGGAAUUAUUUCUACCGUGUUUCUUUGAUUAAGCAAUCAUCACAACUCACAUCACUGGCCUCUGCAACAGGGAAUAAUGGACAGAAUGUAAAACAAGAUGGAACAAGUAGCAAAAAAGAUGAAAACUCAAGUGAAUCAAAAACAGAACCUUCUCCUCCAAUUGCCAUUGAAAGUAAAGCAAAUGAAACAUCUGAUGAUGCAUUUACUGAUCUACCACCUGAUAGUCCACCAGCCAAUGAAUUUGUUAGUGAUGCAUUCAGUUCAGAGGUAGAUCAAGCCGACCUUCAAAAGGGCAUGGAACAACUCGGAAUGACGGAAAAAGAAGAACCCUCACCUGCUGGUGCGGCUGAAGAUGUACCUGAAUGGGAGAAAGAAUUGCAACAGGAGCUACAAGAUUUUGAGGUUGUUGAUGAGGCUGAAGGCGAAGUGAACGAUGAAUGGGAAGAUGAGAUCAACCAAAUGCUGCAGGCUGAAGUAGAGGCAGAUCAGCACUCCUAAUGUCAUUGUUUACUAAUGUUGCACAUAUGGAAUAAUAUUUAGACUUAAGAGCACGCACUGCGAGCAGGUCUCAUGAGGCACUCUGAAGAAAUGGACGAACAACCCAACAAAAUUACAAUGAGCCUAAAAAUACCUAGCCCAUAAUAAAACAGUGAAGUAUGUGCAUGCUAUUUGGUAAUCCUUAGUCUGUGUAACUAAAUUCUUAAUAUUUAGUGUAAUAUUAAAUGAUAAUUAUCACCCACAGUUUGAUUUGUUUUACCAAAUGCCUUUUAGUUUAAUUAAUGAUAUUGGCUGCUACUGUACUUCCAAUUAAUGAGAUAAAAGAAAUCUACCACAGUAUGUUACUUGUUGUCUUAUAGUAAUCAGAUUAAUAAUGAGAAUUAUAAUCAGAUUAAUUAUUUAUGGAGAUUUUAUAUUUGUAUUCAUUAAGAUUUCUUGUAUAGAUCCAGCUAUUAUUAAAAUUUGUGACCGUUUUGAAUGUUGUGGUUAGGUUUUUUAAAAAAAAUAAUGUUAUCACAAUGCCAUGAUGCUUAGCUGGAAAUUAUGUUAUAAAUACAUAUUUAUGGUUCUACAAAGAAAACAAAGUUUUGAACACCAAAACACAUUAACAUAACAUAGAAUUUUUAGUUUGAGAACCAAUGUAAACCAACUACAGCUGAUGAAGUCCCAUCCAUGGAGGUAGAAAGUAAGUAUAACACAAUAAGUAUUUUAUAUUCUUAUAUACCAAUUAAUGUCUUAGUACAUAAGUACAUACUUACAUAUAAUAUUGCUAAUUUUAUCAUAUUUAAGUAUAGUAAGUAUAUAAUUAUUGGUAAGAGGAUGAUAUAAUUGAGAUGAAAUCAACUUUUACUAAUUAUUCAACUGGAUCAAGUGUGAUCUAGUCAUAUUUCUUCCUGAGGUAGUUUCAUCUGUAUAUAUUAUAUUUAUGAAAUUUAUCUAAUACCACUACAGUUUAUUUGAAUUUAUGUGAGUCUGGUCUAUUAAAUACAAUAUUACUAAACAUGGAAUUGUUAGUGAGAAAAGCAUAUAGGCACCUGGUUUCUGUAUACUAAUUACUCGAUUACCCCUAGGAUGGACUGCACCUCAGUUAGGUUGAUAAUUUUUACUGUAAGCCUGGUUCUACACUGUGUAGCUAAUUUUCGUUGCAACCAUUACACUAGGUAGCUGUCCCUGAAAGCUCCCCUAUUUAACCGACCAAUCAGUGUCUCUGAAAGCUGCUGACAAUAGCCUGUGGCAAUUUUAUAGAAAUGAGGUUAUAGUUAAUGUAUCAUUUUUCCAAAAUAUAAUUUUUUGAUACAAAACUGUGUUAAUAUGUUGUGCAAAUACUCGUUUAAUAAAUUGGUACCUAUAUAAAUUAUUUUUAUUCUAUUAUAUAAUCCAUUCAAAAUAUUACUGGUACAUCUAAUGAAUUGUUACUAUCCAAAGCACAGGUAAAAAUAUACAUUAUUGUAAAAGGAACACAGUUAUAGAAAUGUAUCAAUUUUAAUAUACUUUUGUUUAAUUCAUUAUUUAUUUGUUUAUAUAAAAAAUGGAAAAUCACUACAAAAAUAAAAUUGGAAAGGGUUGUAGGAUUAUUUCUGUUUCAUCUUAUAUUAAGUUUAAUGUAUAUAAUUAUGAUUUAUUACUUGGUCGGCUGUUUGAAUGCUGUGUUAUCCAGUAUUGAAUUUGUUGACAAAUUUUAACCCAAUUUAAAGCUAUUUUGUUACCACAUACAACAGAUAAGCAAUCAAAUUGGUAGUAAAUAUUGAUACUCUAUUUGAAAAUUAGAGCAGUUAAUAUUCAUUUGUAAAAUAAAAGUCAUAGAAUUGAA